AACUGUUCCUUCUGUUGCUUUGCCACCGACCGCCCCUUCACUCGCCACUCAAUUUUCAAGAGCUGCAGGAUUCUGCUCGCCGAACAACAGCCUCGUCCCGCGCGGGGCGCAACAACUUUAAAAUCCGCUACGUUACUGGAAGAAACUUGUAACCUGCAUUUGCCUCAAAACGGAUUCGACUUAUUUUUGUGAAGUCGGAGAGGAGUCUGCUGAUCAAGUUUGGAAAGCAGCGAGCUACUAAGUGGAUUGGAACAACCAGAAUCGGUAGAGCAACAGACAACACGAGAAGAGACAGAGAGAGAGAGGGAGAGAGAGAGAAAGAGAGAGAGAGAGAGACAGAAAGCAAGGCAAGGGGAGGGGUGUGUGAGUCUAAUCCCCCCCCUUAAUCCAGGAGGUGUCCAAUCCUGAGGAGGAAGUCUUUUUCUGCUGAGGACGCCAUCAAAACAGCGUGACAGAAAACAGAAAACACAUGAAUUGCUUUUAAUUAAUGAACAAAUUAUUUCACCCGUCACUCCUCGUAGUCAAAGUGGAACAGCUGGCAAGUGUGUUGUUUUGGACUUGGGAUCUGUGUGCUAAUGUCAAAGGGAUAAAAACAAGCUGGAGCUUUUGACAGUAAGAAGGAACUGGGAGCAGCCAAUGGACAUCUUGUUGGAUUUUGUAGCACAUGUGAGGAUAAAAAGCCCUUAAUGGUGGGAAAACGGGUGUUCUGGUCAAGAUCAACGCUUCGUCUGAGUGCUUUACCACUCCUCAGACCUCCGCAGACCUCUCGUCUGCCAUAGAUCUCGUCUACUCUCGUCCUCCUGAUCUCCUGAAGGAGGACAUGAUCAAACAACAAGCCCUUGGACUGUGAGGCUGACUUUAAAAUUAGCUCGGCGUCUGCGCCAUUAACCUAGUAAGAAUACUGCACGUACAGUACAGUAAGUCAGUCACACUUUCUAGAUUUCUACAGGUUGUAUAGUACAGCACAUCCAUCCACAGAAGUCCCGAGGAAAGGAAGGAGCACUAUAAAACCAAGCUGGGAUGUUUUGCCGGUAAAAUAGUGCAUGACCCGAGGGUAGUGCUUAUGGGGUUGAGAUUGGCAGUUUUAGUGUGCCAUGUGUGGUUUGUGUUUUUCUUCGAUUGACCUCAGUGACCUCGAACAAACGAGAACGGCUUUAGUCUUAAAAAUAAAAAACCUAGUGGUCAAGCAGUCAUAGAUGUACAUAUUUAGGCCUUACCGUAGUCAAUGGCUUAGCCGCUGUUGUUGUAUCUCAAAACUAGAUUAGAUAACAGCGAAGGCAUAGGCGAAAGGAACACCGUCACGAAUGAAUAGGUCCUUUUGAAUAUCCCAAAGGCUCCAAUUAGCUUCCCUUCACAGUUUAUUUAUAUAUGAUAUCAGUUUCACACAGGAUCGGAUUAAUGCCAGCAGGCCUCGCUUACCCCGAGUUAGGUCACCUGGGAAAGAAUUUUCACAAGGUUUACACAGAGAGCUAAAAUAUUGACUCUUGUUUUACAAGUGGCUUGUAAAAAGUGUAAGCGAAGUGAUUAGUGUCUAGACUAGGAGGGAUGUUUGUUUGUAAAUUAGGUUUAAAAGAGAUCUAGCAACGGUAAUUCAGAUCCCCCCCCCCCCUUACUCUAUGCUUCAGGAUACUUACGGGGAGGGACAUAAAAGAAAGCAUCUAGAGGAAUCGCUAAAGUUGGCAUUCUGGGAAUUCUCAGAGAGGUAAACAGGCAAUUUGGGAGCGCUGAAGUACUUAUGUGGAAGAGAAGUUGUAGGUGGCAUGAUUAUAGCCUGCUCAGCUCACUGUGCCAUUCUCUGCCUUUAUACAGCACACACACACGCACGCACAAACACACGCACACACACACACACAAACACUGUUGAGAUCCAUUUAGGUCAGAGCAUGCUCUGAGUGGUGUGGUGGUGGCGUGUUCUGUCAGUCUUUCGGAUAAACACACAUCCUGAAAUGGCAUAGAUGACAGCCUUGGGGUCUCCAUUGGUCGCCUCAAGACACACAAAAUUUCCCUGUUUCCAAGAAGAGUUUGCAACAUAUCAUCCUAACAUACCCCAACCUACCACAGGACUGCAAGGCGAAACCCUGGGACUGACUUGGGAAUUUUUGAUACCACCAACCAUCCAGUCAUUGAGUAGAUGAAGGAUUCUAUGAUUUCACUUUUAAUGACAGCACCAGCUGAAUAGCAGGAUAAAUGGACCGUCAUCUGCAAGACCUUCUGUCCUACAUGAAACUCUAACAUAAUAUUUUGUGAAUGGAUUUCUCCUACUUUGACUGGAAGAAGACUUUCCUUUUUCUUAGUUUUCCCUGUGGAAUUUAAAGCCCUUACACCUUUUUUUUGCAUCUAAUUGACAAACAUCCAUAAAUUGUCAUCCACUAUCCAAACUGUCAAAAAUAUUUUGUGAAUGGAUUGAGUGGAUUUCUCCUACUUUGACUGGAAGAAGACUUUUUUUCUUAGUUUUCCCUGUGGAAUUUAAAGCCCUUAUAACUCUCUGUUGUGUGUUGUGUGGAGCAUCUAAUUGACCCAACAUCCAUAAACGGCCAUCAUCCACUGAUUGGGCCGCCAUGAGUCUGGGAAAGCUCCCAGGUAUCAAGGGGCUGGUGGUGGCCUCGGCCUCGGGCUCGCAGCAGAACAAGCGCCGCUUCAAGAGCGACCUCUCGGUUGACAUGAUCAGCCCGCCGCUGGGCGACUUCCGCCACACCAUGCACGUGGGCCGCGGCGGCGACGUCUUCGGGGACACCUCCUUCCUCAGCAACCACGGCGGCAACGGUGGUGCCAACGGUGGAGGAGGAGGAGGAGGUGAAAGAGGAGGUGAAAGAGCGCCGGCGGGGAGCCCAGGGUCCCCCACCGGCUCCACCAAGACCACGCGGUUCUUCACCCGGACCCUGCGCCAGGUCCGCAAGCUGCCAGCGCCGCCGCCGAGGCCCAGGGCGGGCUCCAGAGACCUGUCCAUGCCGCCCCCGCCCAUCUCGCCCAUCAUCAAGAACGCCAUCUCCCUGCCGCAGCUCAACAUGGACCUGAGCAACGGGUCAUGCGUGCAGAGGACUCUGUUCCCCAGCUCCGAAAGCACCACGGACGAGCCUCUCUACAGAUAUGGUCAGGCUAUGUCAGGCUACGUCACCCUGCCGCGACUCUCCCGCGUGGACAGACAGUCCCAGGAGGACACCUUCGCCGCGCUGUCCCCGGACUUCGGCCGCGGCUCGCUCCUGGACAGUGGCAACAACGGUGGCGGUGGCGGCCUGCAGCCUUCCGACUCCCUGACCUCCCUGACCUUCACGGUGGACCUGGGUCCCUCCCUCAUGAGCGAGGUCCUGGGCAUGUUCGACAGCCCCGACAGCAACUUCUCCGGCUGGGACAAAGCACCAGCAACAGCAGGAGGAGGAGGAGGAGGAGGAGCAGGAGAUCAGGACGGGGGGGAGCAGCGCAUCUCAGCCUUCGAGUCCCUCAGCGAGAGCACCACCAGAAGAUACGCCAGCACCACCACCACCACCACCACUACCAGCAGCACCACCGGAUUCAGCGCAGAGAGCUCGCCCUACAACGGUAGCCUCCGCUCCAGUAGCCCAGAGUGGGGUGGUAGUGGUGGUGGUGGUGGUUGUGGUGGUGGUGGUGAACAAGGGGGUGUCUCCAAGACGGCCAACGGAGGGGGAGAGCUGGUGGUAAGCAGGGGAGACGUGUCACAGUCACAGAAGAUCGUGGCGGACGCUUCGCUGUGGUCGCCGGCCCCCGAGGACCCGGGGAUAGAGGCGGGCCGGUUCCGGGAGGCCGUGGACGUGCUGUCUCGACACUAUGGAGGGGGCAUGCAGCAGCAGCAGCAGAACCAGAACCAGCGCAGCCUCAGGGGGGGGCCGGGGCCGAGGCACACCGGCAAAGACACGACGCUGUACGGCAACUCGCGCAGGAUCUGCUACAGGAAUGACUCGUACACCUACCAGGAUGAUGAGGAUGAGGUCAAGGUGUAAACAGGGGAGCAGCGUCGCUGAUGGCUUUUUGCCAGAAUCGGGACAAAGUAAUCUGAAAUGGACCCCCACCUCUAAUACAAUGGGGACCCAAUUCUGGCCACUGACAGCUUUGGACCCGAACCGGGACAAAGUAAUCUGAAAUGGACCCCCACCUCUAAUACAAU